CACGAAAAUAGUAUGGCCUAGCGACGCAGUACGGUAUAAUUCGAUGAUGUACCCCGCCAACUUUAACGGUUUUCACCAACAGCUCCAGCCCGAGUCUUGGCGGAAAAAAUAACCAUCAUCAUCAGCAUCAUCGCCAUCAUCAUACGUGGAGCUCCUCAGCCCGAACACGCCCCUCUGAUUCGCCAUCUCCGUUUUCGGACGAUCAACCUCUCCAGUCUCUUCUUUUCACAUCCCUAGCCAACCGGCCAACCAACCUGACUGAUAAAACAAGCGAACUAAGUCCCUCUCUGAGCAUCGCGACUCGGCGCCAGUGACGCAAAUCAAUAUCCAGAUCCACCAUCACAAGCCACCAUGCCAAGACCCAAGGCUUUCCUCAAAGAAUCCAAGGCCAAGAAGAAGAGCGCCGCGAAACAGCAACUCCCCGUAACGGCCGAUGACUAUCUAGCAGCGGGCGUCGAGCUGGAAGAAGCCGGCGAGAAAUGGCGGGCUGGAGACGCAGCCAAGUCAAUGCGCUUUUUUAUGAAAGCGAUUGCCAACUACGAUGAAGGGCUGCAGAAAUAUCCAGCUGCCUUUGAUCUGGCCUACAACAAAGCCCGCAUCCAAUAUGAAAUCACCCAGCAUCCCAAGCUAGCGGCUCAACUACCCGCUCCACAGGCUGAGCUUCUGGAGGUAGCGCUGCAGUCGCACCGGGAUGCACUGUAUCUCGAGCAAGACAAUGCGGAUGCCUUGUUUAACAGCGGACAGGUGCUGACCAGUCUUGCCGAGGCUCUGACGGAUUCGAAGCACCCGGGUGAGGAGCAGCUUGUGCAAGCGAGCACGUACCUGCAAGAAGCGGUUGAGCUGUUCCAGAGGUGUCUCGCACUGCAGGAGAUGAAGUUCACCGAGAUGGAGGAGCAGAUCAUGCAGAUGGAGUCUGGGGAGAUGGAUUCUGAAGUACCCGAGCCAGAGGCCGCGGCCCCGCCAGUAGAGUCGCAGCCAGCGCAGGGCGAGUCUGCCGAAAGUGAGCCGCAGGAGCAGUGGGCUGCUAUCGUCGAGCCAGUGACGAAGAACACGCUGGUUGAUUCGGCCGUAGCGCAGUUGGAUACGUUGACGGCUCUGUGCAAUCUGUUGACGUUCAACCCCGGUGCUGGCGGAGUGGGCUGGAUACAGGAGUACUCCUCCGAACUGGUUGAGACCCGGCUGCCGGCCUACGUCGAGGGAUCGGAUAGGCAAUAUGAAGCUGGGCUUGCGAGAGCAAGGUUCGUCUGUGCGCUCCACGACGUCCUUUACCGAGGCGGUCACACCGAUGCCCAGACGUACAAGCAGGAGGUCGGACGGGCCUUUGGCCCCGAGCUUGACGUAUCCAAUGAUCCCGAGGGACUGUGCAGCAAAGCCGAAGCACUGACCGCGCUGAACGGGGCAUUCGCAGAUGUACCACCGGCCGAUGAUCCGGACACUUUCAAAUUCUGCUGUAAUGUGCGAUGGCAAUCACUUUCGACUGCGCUGGACUCGUUGACGGCCGCCUCGAAGCUGCCCAGUGCCGACAAUUUGCCCAAGAUUCAUCUUGCUCGCGGUGACGCAGAGAUGCAGCGCUGGCGACUGGGUCGGGCACCCUGGAACCACGCCGUGGCGGCACAGCAUGGAGCCACGCUCUUGCGUAAUGCGCAAACGUACUAUCGUGGAGCGGCGGCACUAGCUCGUCGGGAUGGAGAGACCGAGGCAGAACGCGAUGGAUCUUUCAAGGAGGCCAUUGCUGCGGCGUUGGAGGGCCAGAGAACCAAGUUGGAUCAGAUCAAGACGACAUCCUUCGAGCAAUUGAUUGCAGUGGCCCAGGACAUGGUCGAGGACGGGAUGGUGGAACCCACCGAGAUGAGCGCCUUGAUCUCAUAACCGAACAACCGAGUAAAUAGAAGGGACAAAAGACUCUAAGAAGGACAAGCAAAUAGCCCUCCUCUCAAGCACCCGGACGGGCGUGCACUUCCCGAUCCAUCUGAAUCGCAUCCUGACGGAUAUGAUGCUCCUUGCUAAACUCCGUAGCCGCCGUAGCAGCGCCCUCGAUAUCCGUAACGACAGAUUCAAGAUGCGCCAAGAGCUUCUCAAUCUCCCGCCUCUGCGCCUGCACCGUCUGCGCCAACUCUGCAUUCUGCGCAUGCGUCUCCUCGAGUUUGCCAUUCAGCGUCGCCUCCGCUUCCCGGAGGUACGGCGUUAAAUGAGCUUUGUAAAGCUCUUCCGCACCGAGUGUAUGAGGCCUACAAAAUAGACCCAAGUCGUCAGCUAGAAGUCCAGCUCAAGAGAACGGAAGAAGACGUACGCAUUUCCACCACCUGCCUCCCCAUUCCCGUUCUCCUUGCGCACCCUCGCCUCCGCAACUAAUCGAUCCAAAUCGUUCAAAUGCCUCACAGCUUCCCUUUCCUCGAGAAUCUCCUCAAACUCCGCCUUCGCACUCUCCUCCAACUUCGCAUUCAACUGUCUCCACACGCUCUCCAAACUAGCCGGAACAUGUCGUGCCGGCGUCGGGAAACAGCCGGAGAAAUUGGCGUAUGAGUUUGCGCGGAGCGUGCGUGCUAGUGCUUGAUCGAAGACCUGGUGUAGGCGCGAGGCGCGGAGACCUGGGGUUUGCGCGGGGAGUUCUGUUGUCGUCGCGGUAUGGGAAUUGGGUCCUGCCAUGGUGUUGUGCGCGUGGGCUUUGCUAAUUGGAGUGGUUUUAUGUUGGGUGGUGGAGUUGUCUGGCGUAAUGAGAGAGUUGUG